GACACUUCAGAUCUUCAGUUCCUUCACAAAAAAAGUUGAGAUGAUGCUCUUGGUGUUCAUGAUGUGCCUGCUGGUCACAACCUUUGCUGCUCCUGUACUGGAGAGCCAAAGCAUGGAGGAAAAAGUUGCGGCUCAUGCUAAUGAGGCCCUGAGGUGGAUGGAGAUCUACAGGCUGUACCAGCAGCAGGGAAUAGUUGGAAACCCCUUCCUCCCUCCUGCUGCUGCUCCUGCUGAUCCAGCUGGGGCAGCAGUGGUGGAUGCUGCACCAGCCCAGCCAGCUGAUGCCGCCCCUCCGGCUCCGGCUGCUGUUGAAGAUGCAUCAGAGGAGGAGAAUGACAACCCUGCCCCCAAAGCUGCAGCACCUGCUCCUCCUGCUGCCCCCCUAAACUCUGAUGAGGUAGAGGAGGCCGAGGAGGUGGAGGCUGAACCAGCUGCGGUUGAAGCUGCACCAGCAGAGCCGGCAGCAGACCCUGCAGCGGCCGUCGAGCCGGCUGUGGUUGACGUCCCUGUAGAUGCAGCGCCGGCUGAUGCUGAUGCUGCCGCUGCGGAUGUGCCUCCCGCUGACAUGGUUCCCAUUGAUGUCGCCCCGGCCGCAGUCGAUGCCACAGCUGCUGCUGAUGCUGGUGCAGCCGAUGCCGGUGCUGCCACACUGGCAGCAUUCAACUGACUUGCCCGGAGCAGCAGCAGCUUCCUGAUGCACUGUUGUUAUUCCUCUUAUUACUCAUCUUUGUAUUCCUCUGUUGGCAGAUAGAAUAAUAGCUGGAAACUGCA